AUGCCGACUAUUGGUAUCAGGCGGAGUGCGUUAUUUCAUGAACUAGGAAAAACAUUUACUGACGCCGAAUUUGAUGAUCUAUGUUUUGAUUUUGGCAUUGAAUUAGACGAUGUUGAACUAUUGCAUGAUGGAUCAAAUGACGCUGAAUAUAAAAUUGAAAUUCCAGCUAAUCGCUAUGAUCUUUUGUGUUUGGAAGGAUUGGGUCGUGCAUUGAAUAUAUUUUUAGAAAGAGGUGGUAAAAUACCCGAGUAUCAUUUAUUUACACCAUCCAGUGAUAAAAUCAUACGUAUUAAAGUAUUGCCAAAUACUCAAUCUAUUCGUCCGUUUGUUGUUGGCGCUGUAUUACGUGGUAUAAAAUUUAAUAGUGAAACUUACAAUAGUUUUAUUAAAUUACAAGAAAAAUUACAUCAAAAUUUAUGUCGUGAACGAAAGCUAGUUGCCAUUGGUACACAUGAUUUAGAUACAAUUCAGCCACCAUUCUUCUAUGAUGCUCAACAUCCAAAACAAAUUAAAUUUAAACCAUUAAAUCAAACACAAGAAUUUUCAGCCGAUGAACUAAUGGAAUUUUACAUGGAUUUACACAAAGCAAAAACUGUGCUCGAUACAAUUGUAACAAUGUUUAGUCAAUACUGUAGUACACCUUUCUUAAUAGAAACUGUAUCAAUUGAACAAGUUGAUGGUCAAAUGACACUCUAUCCUACACUUCAUUCUCGCACUGAAAAAGUAUCUGUGUCUAAAAUCAAUCAACGUAUUGGAAUAGAAGUUGACUCAAAUAAAGCUGCUCAUCUUCUAACACGUAUGUGUUUGAAAGCAUCUGUGAUAGAUGCGGAUACUCUUCAAGUGACAAUACCGCCAACACGUGCCGAUAUAUUACAUUUUUGUGAUAUUGCUGAAGAUUGUGCAGUUGCAUACGGUUUUAAUAAUAUUGUAAAAACUGUUCCAAAAACUAGUUGUAUUGGAAAUCAGUAUGAAAUUAAUCGUAUUACCGAUCUUCUUCGACAUUCAGUAGCCGAAUGUGGUUUUACCGAAACACUUACAUUUGCACUAUGUUCAAUUCCAGAUGUUGCCAGUAAAUUUGGGAAAGAAAUUGAGACAAUACCAGCUGUUCACAUUGCUAAUCCUAAAACACUUGAUUUUCAAAUUGGUCGUACAUCGUUACUUCCUGGUUUAUUGCGCACAAUUGCUUGUAAUCGUGGCACAGCUUUGCCAAUUCAAUUAUUUGAAGUAGCUGAUGUUAUAUUAAAAGAUCAAAGUCGAGAUACUGGUAGUCGAAAUGAGAGACGUUUAUGCGCUGUUUAUUAUGGUAAAACUCCCAGCUUUGAAACGAUUCAUGGUUUACUUGAUCGUGUUAUGCAAUUAUUAAAAUUAAAAUAUGAGACAAGUAACAGUGGAUAUUAUUUGAACAGUAAUUGUGAAGAUUCUGGCUAUUUUCCUGGCCGAUUCGCUCAAGUAAUAGCACGUGGCUCAAAUAUUGGCACUAUUGGUGUAUUGCAUCCAAAUGUUAUUGAACAAUUUGAGUUAAAAUUACCAUGUUCUGCGCUUGAAAUUAGUGUUGAACAAUUUGUGUAA